CUUGUUUAGUCUGCAAAAUCACUCCCACAAUCCGGUGCGUGUUCAUAACGUUUAUUUAAAAGUUAUAUUUCUAAGAUUUAUAAAACCUUUAAUUUUAAAGUUUUGCAAGAAAAUCUCGAUAUUAAUAGUAGUACCUAUAGGUACUAUUGGAUACAUAAUAUUAUAUAGUUAUUGAUUAAUGUAGCCACAAUCAGUACGAAUAAGUAUCGAAGUGAGAAUAAGGAGGUGAAUUCAUAACUUGAACUGGAAUACAAACAUGGAAUCAUUACCAAAACAAUUCGUUUCAGCAAUGAGGACCUUAUUCGAUAUUAUGGAUGAUAAACGGACUGGGUACGUUAAAUUAACAGACAUUGAAAACCGCUGGCGUGAUGAUCGUACCAAAGGUUUACCUCACGGGGUUAUUGAAAGCCUCCAAAAAGUUGCUUCACAUGACGGCUUCUUAACAUUUGAUAGUUUUUGUACUGGCCUUAAAAUAUGUCUCCUGCGUAAUCAAGUUCAGAGCACUUCAAAACAAAUAGAUAUUGUAAGUGAAGAGGUCGAGGAUGUUAAUUAUCACUCACAGGCGAGUUCACAAGAUCAUCGACCUCCUUCAGCUCCAAUAAUAAUUGACUUAAAUAGUGCACAGAAUCGAGAAAGAAAUUGGAAUGCAAUGAAAAAACCUGGUUCUCAACACCGCACACAUAGUAUGCCACAUUUGGCUGAAGACAAAAGUUCACGUGAGAAAUCACACCUUGGAACAUCCAUUUUAUCUAGUCACGAAAUAAUUCAUAGAGGAUAUGGACCACCAAAACCACCAAGACUUGAGAAAGUCGUAGACAGCAAAGAAACUAUUAGAAUUUUAUCCGACUCAGAAAAAAGUAAUAAUAAUAGUAAAUUGGAAAUUGAAGAGAUAACUGAAUCAAUAGAAGGACAAGGUCGGGGGUUAGGAGACGGGCGUUCUGCAACCGGAUCACAAUCGUACAUAAGCCGUACAUCAAGGCGCAGGGAACCCCGUCGACACACAUUGCAUAACGGUGUCGACUAUAAUUUGUUAAAGAAGAUGAAACAAAUUGAACAAGAGAAGGAUGUUUUGCUACAAGGUUUAACUGCAGUAGAAGAAGCUCGCGAGUGGUACCUCAAACAACUAACGGAAGUGCAAGAUAAAAUGCGAUACGCUGGGAGGAUGGGUGCUUAUGUGGAACCCUAUAAUGAAGCACACCAGGAGCGUUUGGAAUUGCUACGCGCUCGCAUUUUAGAACUCAACCGACAAUUAGGGGCACUAGCAACGGCGACUGGUUGGCGUCAUUGGCCCCUGUCUUUGCAUAUGAACUUAGCUUUACCUGCAACAAUAUUCAAUGCUUCAUCUAACACUAGCAGCAAUGCUUCAGUGUUGAGAUCGCAGAAUAGAAUGCUCGCUGAGGAGGUUAACAGGAAAAACGAAAGGAUAUCAGUAUUGGAAAGAGAAAAAUCUGCCCUCAUCAGAGAAUUACUACUUCAAAGAAAUAGAACAAAAAUGAUUGAUAAUUUCAGUUAAAUCUACUGAGAUAUGAAUAACAUACAUAAUGUAUAUAUGCAAUUUUCUUCUAUUGCAAAAGAAGCGAAAUUAUAAUAAAAAUAAAGUACAUAAUAUAGGUAAUAUAAAAUAAUAACUGAUUAAGACAUACAUUAAAAGUAUCGUUGGACUUGUUCAUUAUAAUCAAAAUAGAAAAAUACUUAUUAUUAUUUUUAUGUAUAAAUUUUACCCUCUACAUAUUUCUUGCUAGUGUUUAAGAAAAUAUAAAAUGUAGGUGAACACAAACAUGAUUCCAAAAAAAUAUGUAAUUAACUUAUUAAAGUACAGUAGAGCCUAUAGGUAUAAGACGAAUAUGAAAUUGAUUCCAACAAAUUUAAGCUAUAGAUUUUGUGAAUAUAUAGACUGUUUUGAUGUAAUUUAUUGAGAAUUUUAAAGUUAUAGAGCCUAAGCUAAGAGGUAGUUAGCAUACACCAAAAUAAAAGAAACCCUGUUUAUAUGAAUAAAAUCAUCGUUGUAUCAAAUUAUUGUUAACAAUCAAAGGGUUACUUAAAUAGGUUCUACUGUUGAGUGUUUAGUCAUUUUUUUAUAAGAUUUUGGCUAAGAUUAUUAUAAAAAUAUCAUAUUUACUAAGUCAUAUUUGAAACAUUGUUAUACUUGUAUUUUGUAGAAGGAUUUUCAAAUUAAAAAUUGGUAUGUGCCAUUACUAACAUUUAUUAAAUGUUUUGUAUUUAAGUUAUACUUCCUAAUAAAAAAAUGAAAACUAA